AUGUCGACGUGUGAUUUUAUCGAUACUUUUUACGCUGGAUUCGAGUAUUCUAUUGCACUUUCUUUAUGCUCAUUUGAGAAAAAAAUUGAAACAGUUUCCCUCACAAUUUCGAUAAUAGAACCAUACUUAUCAGUCAUCUGUAUACUCAUCAAUAUUCUACAUUUUGUGAUCCUUACUAAAAAAUCAAUGAGGAGCUCGUCAAUAAAUUUGAUUAUGGCAGCUGUUGCAAUUUUUGAUAUUUUGACAUUUUUAUUCCAAUUCAAGCAGAUAAUUUCACAUUUUAUCCACGCUUCGAGCCCAUGUUUGGGGCGGUUUUCGUAUUGGAUAACAUUAAUCGACAAGUCUGGUUUUGUAAUCAAGGACUUUUCUCGAAGAUGCUCCACGUGGUUAUUCUUAUCAAUAGCUUUUAUCAGAACACUGAUUGUACGAAAUCCAAUGAACCUGAAAUAUAAGCAGCUGUCAAAUCAGCCGACCGCGUUCUACACCAUUUUUGGGGUGUUCCUAUUGAGCCUGCCAAGUUCAGCUAUUCAAAUUUUUGAAAACAACAUAAUUGAAAUUUGGCAGAAAACAGAAUGUCAACCUCAAGGGGAGUUGACAUAUUUUAUCGACGUUGCUGAGUAUUUUAUGAGAGAAAAUGCGGUUUUGGUGAAGGUGGCUAUAAUUAUGGAUGCACUGAUUUCUAACAUAAUCCCUUGCUUUCUCUUCCCAAUCGUCACAUUUCUACUAGUCAAGGAGCUUUUCAAAACAGAAAAAUCACGGAAAAAACUUACGAAAAACAGCAGCAGCAACCAUAACGAUUCUCAAAAAACUACGAAAUUAGUUUUUUAUAAUACCAUCAUAUUUUUUGUAGCAGAAUUUCCCCUUGGAGUCAAUACAUCCAUCACAUGGUUUUUCAUGGGAGCUCCCGGAAUCAUGAUGAUCAUGAGUCAUUUCGGGAACAUUUUUUCCUUGUUGCUCUCUGCGAACACCUCAACUCAUUUGGUCCUAUGUUUGUUAAUGUCUUCACAAUACCGGAAGACGGCAAAAAUGGUAUUUUCGUGCGGAUUUGAGUUAAAAAAAAGUCAGACCACUGUUGCGAGCGGGACUAACAAUCAGCAGUGCAAAAACUGUCAAGCAAUUAUAGUUUCACCUGUGUAA